AUGGACUCGGCGACCCGGCUUUCCACCGCCAACGAAUACGCCUGCAAAGGGCUGGAUAAGCUGGAGGAGAAGCUGCCCAUCCUGCAGCAGCCCCCGGAGAAGCUCAUCUCGGACACCAAGCAGCUUGUGACCUCCACGGUGACGGGGGCCAAGGAUGUCCUGACCAGCACCGUGGCUGGGGCCAAGGACGCGGUGACCAGCCGGGUGACGGGUGUGAUGGACAUGACCAAAGGAGCCGUGCAGGGCAGCGUGGAGCUGACCAAGUCGGCGGUGAGCAGUGGUGUCAGCACCGUCAUGGGCUCGACCGUGGGCCAGAUGGUGGUGAGCGGGAUGGGCUCUAUGCUGGAGAAGUCGGAGGAGCUGGUGGACCAUUACCUGCCCAUGACGGAUGAGGAGCUGGCCAAACUGGCCACGGCCGUGGAGGGCUUCGAAACGGAGCAGCAGAAGCAGCAGCAGAGCUACUUUGUGCGCCUGGGCUCCCUCUCGACCAAGCUGCGGCACCGAGCCCUCCAGCACUCGCUGGGCAAGCUGCAGAGCGCCCGCCGCAGCAGCCAGGACGUGCUGGCCCAGCUCCAGCGCACCCUCGACCUGGUGGAGCACCUCAAGCAGGGCAUGGACCAGAAGCUGCAGGGAGGGCAGGAGAAGUUGCAGCAGAUGUGGCUGGAGUGGAGCAAGAAGCAACCGGAUGGUGGCAAAGACCUGGUGCCACCAGAGCAGGUGGAGUCGGGCACCCUGGUCCUGCUGCAGGGCUUGACGCAGCAGCUCCAAAGCUCCUGCCAGCCCUUGGUGUCCAGCCUCCAGGGUCUCCCCACCAGCAUCCAGGACACGGCAGGGCAGGUCCGGCAAAACGUGGAGGAGCUACGGGCAGCCCUCGCCUCCGCUGCCUCCCUCCAGGAUGUGACGGGCAGCGUGCUGGCCCGAGCCCGUGCCCACGCCACCAAAGCUCGCCAGCUGAUGGACGAGCUGGUGGAGCACGUGGCCCACAACACCCCCCUGACCUGGCUGGUGGGACCCUUUGCCCCCUCAGGCCAGCGCCUGGUGGACCUGGAGAUGAAAUAGCAGCUUCUGGGGUGG